AUGCCUUUAAAGCCUUUAUCUGAUUUAGACCCAGUUGUUGUUACUUUUUGGUAUCGUGCACCUGAACUUUUGUUGUGUUCAAAACAUUAUACAAAGGGAAUUGAUAUAUGGGCAAUUGGUUGUAUUUUUGCUGAGCUGUUAACGUCUGAACCUAUUUUUGUUUGUCCUGAGGAAGAUAUAAAAUCUCAAACUCCUUAUCAUCCCGCGCAAUUGGACAAAAUAUUUUCUGUGAUGGGAUAUCCACAUCUUGAUGAAUGGCCUGAUAUAAAGAAAAUGCCAGGAUAUUCCAAACUUUAUGACGAUUUUGAAAAACCACGAAGAGAAGGAAAAUAUAAAGGAUCAUCACUAAAAAAACAUAUGGAAAAAUAUAGAAAUACAAGUGGAUUAACAGAAACACCAAUUUGGGAACAAGCAUUUUCUCUUUUGGAUAGAAUGUUAACUAUGGAUCCACAAAAAAGAAUAACUGCAGCUGAGGCUAAGGAACAUAGAUAUUUUAAGCUUGAACCAACACCUGCAAGUGAUGUUUUUGCUGGAUGUCUUAUACCCUAUCCAAGAAGGGAAUUUCUUAAAGACGAGCCAGAAGAUAGAAAUAGUGGGUCUAAACAACAGGCCCCAACUUUACCUGUAGUAGCUGUGCCUCCAACAGUUCCAGCACAUACACAUAAUCCUCCAACAAUGGAACCACCUGCUGCAAAGAAACUUAGACAACAACAACACCAAGUUAUUCAUUCUGGUGGAGGAACAAAUACUUCAAGUUUAACACAACAACAUCAGAUAAAGCAACAAAACCAGCAGCAACAACCUAUAAUGACAGGAAAUGGAAUGGUAAUAUUAGGUGGUGGAGGAACUGGUGGAGGGGGAGUUAUUCCCCAACAACCUCAACAGCAACAAAUGGUUGUUGAUCAUCAAUCACAGAUAAAUAUGGCACACGGUUUUUUUUUGAAAUUUCUAGUCUUAAAAAAAUUGCAGGACUGCAAAUGAAA